AUGAACAUUGCCUGCCAGGCGCCAUUCGAAUCCAAUUGGAAAGUCUCAGUUGGUGUUUUGGACGAGGAAAAAGGCAAGGCCGGCAAUGCCAAGCCGCGAAAAGUGCGGCAAAGCCGCGGUGUCGCAACGUCGAAGACUUGCGAUGCACCUUCACGCGAGCAGGCAAAAGAAACGUCCCUUAGCACGAACAACGAGCCGCAUGGCAAAAGUGUGCCCGGCCCAGCUCCAAUAUGGUCGUUAGAAGAGCCCGCACAGCGUGGUCAAGAUCUUCACGCUCCCGAAUCUGCGCCCUCAACUGACCUCCCCAAUGCCGGUCUCCUGCCGUGGAACAGCACCUGGGACUUCGACUUCUCCCUGGAUCCGUGGCUCGAUUAUACCACACCCUUUUCUGACUCUUCGUCUUGGAAUCUGGACAACACCCACCUGCCAGACAACGCAACCUUGUCUACGCCAACAUCCCUAGUCUCGUCCUCGAACCCGCAGUCCAUACAAACCCCACAACCCAUUGCGCCGGCUGUGCGCGACGCGACAGUUGAGCAUCGACAAGCAAAACGCCUGAAACAAACCCCAGCGCCGGACAGUCACCCCACACCGGAACAAAACAUCGAUCAAGAUGAGUUCUUCUUUCAGCACUACGAGCACUGCAUCAGUGGCUGGGCGUACUCCUUGAAAGAUGACGGGAAAGGCAACUAUCUCCGGUUCGUCUUGGACUUCGUACGAGACCCUCAAUGCCACGCCGAGUCGCCUUUCCGGCUCGCCGUUCUGGCAUGGACGGCAAAGCACUGGGCAGUGGCUUGUCAGCCUGGGGACGAUACCUGGAAACAGUACUACUCUCGGGCGAUAGCGGCCCUGCAAAGACUAGAGGAACAGGACGCAAUUGGCGCACCAGACGCACCUCUUACAGGACAGAAGGUAAUGGCUUCUGCCACCGAGGUCAAAAUAUGCGCCAGUCUGUUUCUUUGUCGUUGCGACGUCCUCAACGACGACCUCGGCUCAAUUCUUGACCACCUCGAGACGCUGAAACAGCGAUUAAAUGUCCACCUCGAUGGCAAGGACCUCUCUGCAUUUGCCUGCCAGAUCCUCCUCUGGCUCGGCUAUCUCCACGUGCGGGUUUCAAUCUUCACCCCUUCCGCCGCGGUCAACAGUCACGGUGUAUCGACCACCCUUCUGGACGCCAUUGCGAACCACUCCGACUACCAGCAAAUCCUCGACCGCUCCCAGUCCUACCUAUCGGAAAUAUUCGGUGACUCGUAUCCCGCAGAGGAGCUGCUUCAGGAUGCGGAAAAGGCUCCCGUGGCGGUCCGGACUCACGAGACGUUCUGCCUCAUCGCCAACAUGCUGCGGUAUCGAUCGUGGAAGCGAGUGGCCGCGCAGCAGAGCGACGCGGCGACCCAAUUGGAGCUGGAAAACGCCAAGGUCGAGGCAAUUGACGUUGACAUUAGGAGGAUGGACGUGGAGUUUGGACUGGCCAUGGCGACCAAUCCGUCCGCUGCCAUACUGCGUGAAAUAUGCUUCCAGCAGCCUGUGAUGCACGUAGCAUCGGCCCGGUCAGCUCACCCGACCAGCUACUACAACGUCAAACCGACUGCGUCGCCGGUGUCUGUCACCACCCUCGCAAAUCUCCAGCUUGUGAGCUCCCCGGGCUCGACGGGCGUAACCCCACCAGGACCGGAUUCGAUGUUGGAGGAUGCUGCCCCGGAAGGUUCACUGAACCGCGCCUCAUCGCAGUGGUUGGCAUGCUACGCCGUCUUCCUCACAGCCAAAAUCCUCUGGUCUCGACUGCUACAUCCGACUUCUCGCAGCGAAAGCUCCGCCGCAACCGCAGUCAAGUCAAUCCUUGACAUUGCCUUACACUUGCGGCGGGCGCACGAGUCUUCGAGCCCAACAACGUCAUGGCCGCACAAGAUGCCAAGGUCAAUGCUAUGGCCGCUCCCUCUGUUCGUCGCUGGCGUGGAGACCACAGAUGAGAUCCAUGCGGACUGGAUACGGGGCUUCAUGAACGAGGUCACCUCCUCUUGGGGUGGCGAAGUGGCCAUGUCGGCCAAGGGACGGGAGCUGCACGGGAAUGGCGGUCAACGCGGCAAUAACGUGAGCAGUGUCAAUCGGGUUCAAACAUUGAUGGGCCGAGUUCGCCGACUACAAGACCAGCUUGGGUGUCGGGUGGACAUUGAGGGCGUGGUGAGGGAGAUGAGCAGUGAAAGUGGCGGCGGCUUCAUAUUGUAG